AUGAACGACCUGACAGACACUCCUCCGUACUCAAGAAGCGUCACGUCGACUGCGCCCAGCUCGCCGCGAAUUCCUCCCCAGCGACAGAACUCCGGCAGCCAAACCCCGCGAGUUCGACCCCAUGCGACGACGCUUAAUAUUCCGGGCAUGACCAGGUCCAAGGUCUCUCCCGAUGGACGAAUUCCCCAGCGCGACGUGGCAGCCAAGCUUGUCAUUGUCAUGGUCGGCUUGCCCGCCCGUGGAAAAUCCUACAUCACAAAAAAGCUGCAGCGCUACCUGACGUGGCAGCAGCAUGAAUCGCGCAUCUUCAACGUGGGGAACCGACGACGUAAGACGGCCGGUCGCAAAGUCUCAAUUCAUCCCAAGCUGGCCCCAGAACCCGAUUGUCUUGAUCCUCCUGUUCAAGCCGCCGAAAUACUGCUAAAUGGCUUUCCGGCUCCUAGCGACGGCUUGAGCCCCCGAGACCGAGGCGAGCCUACUGAGCUUGAUCUAAAUCAAGCCAUCGAGGAGCAGAAAGAGGCCGAUCAAUCGGCGCAAUUCUUCGACCCCAAGAAUGAAAAGGCAGCAGCCAUGAGGGAGCAGGUGGCAAUGGACACCUUGGACGAGUUGUUGGACUACCUCUUGAAUGAGGGUGGUGCGGUUGGCAUUCUUGAUGCCACCAACAGCACGAUUGCGCGAAGGCAGCACGUGGUUGAUCACAUCAAGCAGAGAGAACCCAAGCUUGGCAUUUUGUUCAUUGAGAGCAUCUGCCAUGAUAAAGACCUGCUUGAGGCAAACAUGCGUCUGAAGCUUUCCGGCCCGGACUACCGGGAUAGGGACCCUAUCAAGUCGCUGGAGGACUUCAAGGCUCGAGUGGCCGCCUAUGCCAGCGCAUACCAGCCCCUCGGAGACUACGAGGAAGAGCACGAUAUGCAGUACAUUCAGAUGGUUGAUGUCGGCCGAAAGUUGAUUCAGCACAGACUCAAGGGAUUUCUAAGUGGUGGGCUCAGCACCUACCUCUCUAGCUUUAAUCUCGCCCCCCGACAGAUUUGGAUCACCAGACACGGCCAGAGCAUUGACAAUGAGCUGGGCAGAUUAGGCGGUGACGCUCCUCUUACCGAGCGAGGCCACUGCUAUGCCCAGGCUCUCCAUCGCUUCAUCACACAGAAGCGAAAGGAGUGGAUCAUAGAGCAGAAGAGUAAGAUGGCGCAGGCGUCAUUUCCCCCCCUUCCAGGCGACAACACUCCCCCUUACCCCGACAUGUACAGCGAUGUCGACGACAAGAACUUUUGCGUGUGGACAUCAAUGCUGCAACGCAGCGUAGAGACAGCCGAGUACUUUGACGUCGAUGACGACUACGACGUCAAGAACUGGGAAAUGCUCAACGAGCUGAACUCUGGCCAGUUCGAGGGCAUGACCUACGAAGAGAUUGCGAAAAAGUACCCCGAGGAGUUCAAGAAGCGUGCCAAUGACAAGCUCAAUUAUAUCUACCCGGGUGUUGGUGGCGAGGGUUACCUCCAGGUUAUUAGCCGCCUUCGCGACAUGGUGCGGGAGAUUGAGCGCAUCACAGACCACGUUUUGAUCAUUGGACACCGGUCUGUCUGUCGUGUCCUGAUGGCCUACUUCAUGGACCUGACUCGAGAGGACAUUACCGAUAUGGAUGUGCCUCUGGGUAUGCUCUAUUCGAUCGAGCCGAAGCCUUAUGGUAUUGCCUUUCACGCUUACCGCUACAAUGAAUGGCGAGGCUGGUUUGAGGAGCUCCCCAAUUACAAGCCUCAGAAGGCUGCUCGUGGCACCGUCUGA